AUGAUGGCGUUCGAGUACUACUCGCCGGGAUCACCGCACCAGAGCUUGACCCUCGUUAUAACGCUGAACACAGUCCGCGGACAAGCAACUCAGCCGGAGGUGUUACUCUCGCCAGGAGUUCCUAUUCCCACCAGAAAGCUCCCGCAGCCUUCCGACUUAAUCGUACGGGGGCCGCACAUAUUUCGGGCGGUGGGCGCACUUUACGGCAUCCCAGCUCGCCCCCCACAGCGCGUCAAAGCUAAUCUACCGCCCCAAAUCGCCCCUUCUUCCGCGUUGAUUCUAUCUUCGCCGCCCUCACUCACAUCAAUUAACCCCUAUUGUUGUCCAUCAAUCGCCAUCAUGCCUGCUGAUCGUGGGAAUAACACGAACAAAGCCACUCAUCGCGUCCGCGUCAGUCCUUUGCCAACGGACGGACACCCUUGCACUUUCCCUGGUUGCACAGUUGUGAUCAGUCGCGCCAAUGAUGUCAAGCGUCAUCUUCGAACCCACAGCGACGCAAGGGAAUUCGAGUGCGAAUAUGAAGGAUGCAACUAUAGCGUCAAGCAGAAGAGUAAUUUGACUGCCCACGUGAACAAAGUCCACCUGAACGACAAUCGACCCUUCGGUUGUCCUGUCCCAGGUUGCGAAAAUACGUUUGGUGAUCCCUCCGCUCGAUCGCGUCACAAGAAGAAGUGCACCGAAAGAUAUUGCCAGGCAAACGGCACCUCUCUGGAGGAUUUCCUCGCCUCGCUCGCUCCUUCUACCGCGUCGUCGUCAGAUGAGGAUAGGCCUCGCAACCGCAAGAGGAAGCACCAGGACCCGAACGUUCCUGCCUGCGUUGGUGACUUAAUCAACCAGGAAUCCCAGAACCCCGCUGGCGAUCUCUCCCAGUUCCGCCGCUUCCCUGUCGAGUCUCAAUCCCCCGAGAGCCAGGGGUUUGACCCCAGCUUUGACGGUCCUGUACCCGAGCUCUCGCCUUCGUCUUCCACCUCUUCGUUGCAUUCUCUCGUCUCCCCCAAGAUGCCGUCUCUGGUCCCACAGGUCGGUCUCGAGUUCAACCCUGUGAACUGGUCAUGGAUCAACCACCACCGUGACAACAAGUUUGACAGCGUCCUCAACCAAGCUCGCGCUAAAGCUAAUGCCGAAAGUUGGGAAGCGUUCUUCGCAGCUACGAUGGGCCCAAAGACAAUCCCCCCUCCCCCCACUCCGGUUCACACGCCCGAAACCACCCCCGACGAGAAGGUCUCCCCCGCCGUCGGCUCCACUGGUUACCUCGCUGGCCUGCUUGCCAAUGGUCUUGACCCUGCACUGCUCGAGGAACUCCCCACAUUGUCCAACGAGAUAACUAUCAAGGCGGAACUUCCCUCACCUGUGCUCGCGCAGAUGCCUCUCGAGUUCGACGACCCCAGCUGGGAGACCAACCUCGCCAACCUCGCGCAAUACAACGCCAUUGCUCUCCAGAGCCAAACCAGUGGGCUAGUACCCCAUGCCCCGGUGGACACGACCAUGAACACCGUCGACGACUGGACCAAAGAGUUGUUCGCGCCUGCUCUCGGCUUCGACACGGAUUACCUUAGCCUGGGUAUGGGUGUCGAUGCGUACAACACCCACUGCGCGAUCGAGCCUGAGUUCGACUUCACCUCGUUCGAGCCUCAGCACGCGAUGACGAUGGACUACGACGCUGAGUGCUUUGGCCAACUUGUGUGGUAA